CUCUUCUGUGCAGCAGGACCUUACCUGUUCCUCGGUCCAGCGUUGAACAGUCUUCCCGCGCCGGCAUCUUCCCGCCCGGCAUCUGUGACAGCUGGGUGCCCACUGCGCAUGUCCGCAGUCUCUGGUAAUCCCCUGUACUGUGUCCGCAGUCUCUGGUCAUCCCCUGUACUGUGUCCACAGUCUCUGGUCAUCCCCUGUACUGUGUCCACACAGUCCACAGUCUGGUCAUCCCCUGUACUGUGUCCGCAGUCUCUGGUCAUCCCCUGUACUGUGUCCACAGUCUCUGGUCAUCCCCUGUACUGUGUCCACAGUCUCUGGUCAUCCCCUGUACUGUGUCCGCAGUCUCUGGUCAUCCCCUGUACUGUGUCCGCAGUCUCUGGUCAUCCCCUGUACUGUGUCCACAGUCUCUGGUCAUCCCCUGUACUGUGUCCACAGUCUCUGGUCAUCCCCUGUACUGUCCGCAGUCUCUGGUCAUCCCCUGUACUGUGUCCGCAGUCUCUGGUCAUCCCCUGUACUGUGUCCACAGUCUCUGGUCAUCCCCUGUACUGUGUCCGCAGUCAUCUCCUGGUCAUCUCC